AUUGGUUAUCAUGCUGUCAACGAUCCUUUUGGUUUUAUUCUACACCUUGAUCCGAUUUCGAUGGACCGAUCCUUCGUCUUCGAUUCGUCCAUUCGAUCUCUCUGUUUGUUUCCUCGAAAUCUUUGAGAACAAGACUCCUCAAUCGCGCCCAAGCCCGGUCUCCGCCCGGAACCCAUAAAGCUAGGGUUUUUACAAGCCCUAGCUAGGGUUGGGCGGCUGAUCCGGUUGUUCCGUCUAUUUGCUUGAUUUUUCUUGUGAAUUUUGCCCUUUUUUUUUAGGGGAGGGGGAUCACGAGAUGUCUUUCCAUCAUCCGGGCCCUGGCUCGGCCUCCGGAUCGGCAUCGAGCUCCAGCUCCGGGUUCCACUUCUUCAACUCCCCAUUCGGGGAUACCACGUACACGAAGGUCUUCGUCGGGGGUCUAGCAUGGGAGACGAGGAGCGAGGGGUUGCGCCGCCAUUUUCAGCAAUUCGGCGAGAUCCUCGAGGCCGUCGUCAUCACUGACAAGAACACCGGGAGGUCGAAGGGUUAUGGUUUCGUGACUUUCCGAGACCCUGAAUCUGCGAGAGGAGCCUGUGCAGACCCUACCCCAGUCAUCGAUGGCAGACGGGCGAACUGUAACUUGGCUUCACUUGGUCGGCCACGACCUUUCCCAUCCCUUGGUGGGUACCCAAGGUCAGGCAUCUACUAUGGAGUUGUGCCAGUUCAGCGAGGGCCAUAUGUUGGAAGCCCUGCUCAUCAACAACAAUCAGUACCAUUCAGCUAUCAAGAAGGAUUAUCAUACCCACCAUAUAGUUACAAUCUGUAUGGACCGGAGUACACCUAUCCACAGAAUUUAUACAAUUCUUAUACAGGGCAACAUUACGUUCAAGUUUAUGGUUAUCCUGGAGCUGCAAGCACAGCUGUCUACCCUCUUGAUCAAUUUGGACAGCCCAUCCCUGCUGGGCCUGGUUACACAGCAGUUCAAGGGUAUGCACUACCAGCUCAUCCAGUUGGGCAAUUGGGCGGACAACAUGUCAAUGGAAUGCUGGGUGGACCAAGAUCUAUGAUUCAAUCACCCUAUCCAGCUGGACUGACAGUACAAGUCCCUGCUCCACCGCACAUUGCAGUUCCUGCCCGGUCACCACAGUUUGUUCGAGGUAGCAGUCCUGAUCAAACGACAGUUUGAAUUGAGUUUCUUCAUAACAUCUCGAGAUACCCUCAGUCUCAGAUUGCAGCAGGACUAAGAACAGCAGUACUGCCAUACUAAUGGCAUGCAUUCUUGCCUUGCAAGCUAUCAUCUUUGCAUUCUAGAGGUUGUUGUAAGUCUCUAAGUUGCUUCAAUGGAGGAAGCUUUAGCGAAAGAGCAUGACUUGCUCUUUAUUGCGAUGUCUGUAAAGUUUCUUGUCUUCUCGCCAAUCUUGAAUAAGUGUUGGCUUGGAGCAAAGUCGAUGGAUACCCGAAUUGUAUCCAUCCAUCUGUAUGGUAGAUAUUGGAUACUGGAGUUGGAGUCCGAUCCAAGAAGGUAACUUAAAUGAUUCUUAGUAGGAAUCUGAAUGAAGCGUAGUCAAUAUUGUACUUUCAUCGACAGUAAUCUAUUUCUUGUAGCAAAUUGUGGGAAUGUAAAUAGCAACAUUAUGUAGUCGUCAUCAUGUAGUCUUAGUAGUCUUAAACAGUGUAUGUAUAGAAUUUUUUUUAAAGAAAAUGGGUCUUGAAGGCUUGGGGACCA